UCGGCACACAUUUGUAAGUUGCGCUGCGUCGCGUCCCGGCGUCGGCGUCACCGACGACGAGAUGCGACUACCAGCAUGGCAAUUGCCGCCGCGUUGCGCCGGCCGCGUUCGCUUGGCGUCGUUUUCUCCCAUGGCAUACGCUACGCUCUCGGUCGACCGUCAGUCAGUUCGAGUCCGACUUAGUGAGCUGGUAGAGGUGUGGUACCAAUAACGGUGACGUACCACUAGCUAGUGCGGUGUCCUAUACACACCGAAACAGAGAAUGAGUAGUAUUCGCGGCAUAGACGCGUUCGCAGACGGUCCGAUGAUGAUGAUGAUGUCGUCGGCGUCAGCGUCGGCACCAACAGCGGCGUCCGCGGCAGACGCAUCGAUUUCCUACCCCCACCAUCACUACGACGACCGCCAGUGGCGUCAACAUCACCAACAGCAGGCUGUGGCCACGACGCCUCAGUCGCACCGACGUCAGUCGAGGGCCGACUGUCGGUCAGAACUUACAGAUAUGACUGCGUGUUAUACUUCAUACGAGCUUGUGCCUCCUUCUGCAACUCCGGCUGCCAUCACUGCCACUGCUGCUAUGGUCCAGCAGCAGCAACAACAAACCACCACAAUUGUCGGAGGAAGGACUCCGACCCAGCCUAGUGCCCUAGUGCAACAAACGACUCCUGUCGUUCAAAAGGACUAUUCAUUACCGCUCCAUGUGGAUUGCAGCGUCGAAUAUGAACUCCCGAAUCAGGCGAAACCACCGGCGGGUGUCCGUAACGAACCUCUGCUCAUGAUUCAUCCUUGCUACUUCCGCAAGAUCGAGAGUCAACGGCGGAGCCCCUUUAUCAACAACCUGCCGACGAAACAGACGCCCGCAUCCAAACGAAGAAUGGCCAAGAUCCAACAGAUCAAUAACCAGCUUCAGCAACACCUUCAUCAACAACAGCAACAGCAGCAGAUGCCCCAGCCGGCCGUGGCGCAGUUUCCCAUGCAUCCGCAACGGCCGCCACAACAGCAGAUGUGGGAUCCGAUGCCACCCUUGGUGCCGAUAUCGGCUGCGGCUGCGGUUCAACAAUCUUGCUGCAAAAGAGACAUUUCCGGGUGCAACGCGUACAGCUCCGGUUCCGCGGAUUCCGGCCACUGGACAGAUCCGGACAGGUCGCCGGACCGGCCGGAUAACAAGCACAUCUUUUCCGGGAAGUACCGGCAGUACCUCCGGGCACACAGACUGCAACCAUAUAUGACGUCGGAAUUUCCGAUUGCGUCCACGUUUCCGCAAAUUCAGCAGGUGUGCUACAAUGUGUGAUGGCUGUGAUGUGAUCCGGAACAUUGUGAUAAUAGUGUGUAAUGUAUUAGGGUGUGCGCAUGCGCCCAGCUCCGGGCGUGGUAGUGAUCCAACAGCUGUUCGACCCACAGUUGUUUUUUCCGAUUUUUCCGAAAUGAUGGGAUUCCACUUUUUGUUGAAGUUUUAGCUCUACAAAUUAAACUGACUGAAACGAUAUAUACCACUAUACAUUCUUUCAUCUUUGUCGACUGUUUCUGUCUAUAUUUAUUGAUUGUCAGGGCUAGUUUAUCAAUAUAUUAGAAGGAAUAACGUUGUCUUUUCAAAAUUUAGGAAGGUUUUAAUUAGAUUAAGUGCGAAUCAAUGGUAAUAUUUCUUAGCUGAUGGUUUAAUCAUAAAACCAUAAUUUGCCUUUGUAUUUAUUAGCGUCUGAUCGAUCUUUUUCGCGACCGUAAACCAAAAUAAUCUGUUCGCGAUUCCCCAAAUUUCAUUAUUUACGGCCACGAGAACGUGACACUUAGUUACCAUCGCCGUGCGUGAUAUUAAGGGAGAAAUGAAAACGAACGUCCCCUAUUAUCUAAAUUGUUCUUCAAACAAACUAACAGUUCGCAACUGUACCUACAUGACAUACAUACGUAUGUCCAAAGUACUUUUAAUUUCUUAUCUUCUCAUUUUGAAUUUAAUGCCUACUGACAUGAUAAUCACCUGCCAUUUAUUUCAUUGUUAAUUGUAUUACCUUAACGACCGUAAACAGUACCAUUAAUGCCGUUAUUAAACAAUCGACGAUAGCAAUUAUACUGCGAAUUACAUUGCUUUUUUAGAUGCUGGUCAUGCUGAUAUUCAAUCCCUUCUUUAAUGGCCCUCGUAAAAAAAAUUGUAAAUUGUGCAGUUGCGACAAUAUGCGGAUAAGUAGAUUCCGUUCAUUGAGCAUUUUUCUGUUUCGUUCGGUAGGUACUUUACACCAUUGCCCUAAGAAACGGAGGGUACCUUUUUUCGUCUCCCUAUUCUAGCCGCUCGACAUGCGUUUUAAUCAUUAAUGAUGUAUUGAUAGUGCCUCGUGUACUAAAUGUCACGAACCUCCUUUCUGUGUUACCCCGUAGUUUUACCAAACGCCUUAGCUAGAUGUGUGUGUAUUACGAGACACCCAUUUGUCUUUCACGUCACGGCAAUUGUGACCAAUUUUUUUAAAAAUUUCUUUUUUACCGUACCUCCACCGAAAGUACGAUUUAUUUCCCUGAUUUCAGGGAUGACGGAGCAACAUUCCAUCUCGGGUUAUAAAUUGCAUUUACUUCUUAUUAGGAAAGUAUUUCAUCCUUCGCGGCAGAUUUUAAAUUGGUAGGAGCUUUUGUAAUAAUCAGUGAAUAUGCGGUUUCCUACCUGAAAUCAGGAAAAAUUGUACUUUCGGAGAAGGGGUCUGGUAAAAAAUCAUAUCCGGUCCUCGUGAAGAAAGUGCGGUAACCCCUUUCAGGAGGGAAUGCCGCACUUUCUGUCCUUGGUACGUAAUUAACGAUUUAGUCAUUGGCACCUUAAGUGCCGUCAAGUACGUUAUGACAAGAUUAUAAAUAUCUAAACGUUGCCAAAACUUUUUGUAGCCAUUUGCUGUCACUGAUUUUAUACAUUCUUUCGGGUACCUGUUUUUCUCUGUAAUAGUACGAUUUGUCGCCGUGUUUUCUGUCGCUUUGAUUAUUUUUUAUUAUUUUUCGGAAAUAUUGCUAAAUGGUACCACUGGUAAUAAUGUAAACUUGUAAUCAUAAUUGAUAUGCUUAUUAGACAGGUAAUACCUAAUACCUACAUUUAUUGCACACAUACACAAACAUUAUGCAGCCAGAACAUGUAAUGAGUAGUAGUCACGGUAAAAUGGUACUGCUGCUCGUGAGUGUUUAUAAAAAAAAAAAGGGAACCGAUUCCGAAAUCAAACUUAUUAACCCUGUUAUUAUUAUUAUUGUAGCUUAUUCGCUGUCAGAGCUCUCGGCAAAUGCAUUAAGUACAUAAAUACGAUAUUACAAUAUUAUAUUGUCGUUAAUAUUUAUUUUGGUGUUAUUGUGACGAUAUGUAAGAUAAAAAAGACGUGUCCGUGUACUCCUUACGGGAAGCUAACUCUGAAAUUGUAGAAAAAGUUCCUAGAAAUUGUAUAUAGGUAAAUACAAACAUGCAGACAGCGUUUCGGCUGUGGUGAAAUUUAUUUUCAUUUUUGUAUUUAAAACGUUGUAGGGCGUAUUGUAACCAUACUCUACUACUACAAUACUAUACUGGUGUCAACCAAUUUUAGCGGUGAUGUUAUGUUUUAGAAUGUAGGUAAAUUCGUUUUUCUAUUAUUUUUGUUCUUUUAUACACGAUCGGUACUAGCCUGAAAAAAACUUUGAUCCUCUUAUGAAUUGAACGCGUAUCAUAUACUUGUUGGUGGAUUUUCUUCGUAUUAUCGAUCAGUAUUGAAAAAUGAACGGGGUAAGUCCUUAAUUUUUCAUUAUUUUAACGAGAUUUCAACAAUUACCAUCAAAAAAGUAGGUAGGUAGUAUACCUAUCACCAAAAUUGAAAAUCAUAAUGAGUUUUUGAUUAUUUCAGAUUAAAAUAUUUCACAAUUAGUUUCGGAUCGAUCAGUUAAUUCUUUUGUUAUUAGACAUGCGGUUGUACCUGCCUAACUUUUUUUUUAUGUACCUAAUCCGAGACCGUUGCUUUUCAAUUUUUAUUUUAAUUCAACCUUUACACAACAAUGAGUCCAUUAUGAAGCUUGAGAGCAAAAUAAUUUUACAGUUUUUAAAUUGUGUUUUGUAUUUGAAGGCCGCCAGUGUUUAAGGACCUGCCCACCUUUACGGAAUAAUUGGUUUAGUUCUUAAACUAAAAUUUAAUCGAUUUAAUUAGAUUCGGCUUGCGUGCCUACAAGGUUCUGAAAAUAUUCAAUACCUACUUGGUUAUAGACAAAUACUUUCAAAAAUGUAUCUAUUAGAUAUAAAAAGGAUCAAAUUUUUUUUUUUAUUUAGUACCUACCUACUUAUAUUGACAUCAGCACCAAAUCUACAGAUGCCAUAUCGAUAUUCGAUCCAUUGAUGAACGAUUAUAAUCCUACUACCUAACACAUUAGAAGAUACGAUAAUAAACUUAGUUUAUUGUAUAUCGCGAAGUCUAAAUUUAGUUCUUAGUUUAUGUCUUUCUUUUCGAGCAGAACAGUUGUAGUAGCUGUAAUAUUUUCCUAACUAUUAGUAAUUAUUAAUUAAAUAAGAUACAGCCAAAUGAAAUUGGCCUUAUACGACUGUAACAUGAAAGAAGUAAAAUAGUGAUGUGUAGAUCUUAUUUUUCCAGCGUCGUCGUUAAUCUCAGGCUAUUUGCUUGUGUAUACCUACAUAAUACAUUUAUCUAUUAAUAAUAAUAAUGAUGAUGAUGAUGAUGAUGAUAAUACUGAAUUAAAGCCGUCAGAUUUCCAGAGAUCUGAUUGUGUCCCUUGUAUUUUACUACAUAUAUGGCUAAAGAAUAGCUAGACCAAAGAACUAUCUAUCAAGUGUAUAUAUAUUACGAUAAAACACAUAAAAUUCGAGCGGUCGUCGUGCUCGACGACUACAAAAAAUUUGUGAAUAUGUAUAAAAUAUGCUAUAUAUCGUAUAUAUAUAAUGUACAGCUAGUCAUAGUAAAAGUACGCUUAUAAAACAAAUAAAUCGUGUUACUGUUUUUAUAAUCAAA